GCACCUUCGCGGCGGAGGGCAUCGUCUUUCAGGCGCACAAGGCGGUGCUGGCGGCCUGCAGCGAGUACUUCAGGAUGCUCUUCGUGGACCAGAAGGACGUGGUGCACCUGGACAUCAGCAACGCGGCAGGUCUGGAGCAGGUGCUGGAGUUCAUGUACACGGCCAAGCUGACUCUGAGCUCGGAGAACGUGGAGGACGUCCUGGCUGUGGGCAGCUUCCUUCAAAUGCAGGAGAUCGUCCAGGCCUGCAACACGCUGAGGGCCCUCUCGGCACCCACGGGAGCUAGCCCGGAGACCCCAGCAGUGGCUGGGCAGGAGAAAAGAGCCAACGGCAGGCAUAAAGGGGAGUUGGAAGCUCCCGGGGAGCACGAGGAGCCCCCACCGGCCUCCUCCGGCAGCCUCCAGCGGGCCGAAGUAACCAGUCCUGCAGAGGCACCGAAGGAAGAGGCAGCGGAGGGGGACCGCGCAGCUGGCAAAAGGCCAGAUACAGACAAAGCGGGGGAAGAUGUGAAUGAGGGACAGCCGGAGGAGCUGCAGUUAGGCGUUCCCCCCACUGAAGAAAACCGCCAGACCUCCAGAGCUCUUCCCACUAGGACCAGGGAGGCUGAACCUUCAAUGCCGAAAGUCCCUGCCGAGAUGGAGGUGGAGCUGGAAGGCCGCGAAGAGGAAGAAGAUCCACCCUCUGAGGCGGAGGGGCAUGGCAAGAAAGCAGAGCCCAAAGCCACCAGGCUGCCCAAUGGCAGCAUUCCCGAGGAGACCGAGUCUGGGGGCACUGACUCUGGGCAGGAGAACGUGGGGGAGGCCAGGCUACUGCGCUCAGGAACAUACAGCGACAGGACAGAGUCGAAAACGUAUGGCUCAGUGACCCACAAGUGCGAGGACUGCGGAAAGGAGUUCACCCACACGGGAAACUUCAAGCGCCACAUCCGCAUCCACACGGGAGAGAAGCCCUUCUCCUGCCGAGAAUGCAGCAAGGCCUUUUCUGACCCAGCGGCCUGCAAAGCGCACGAGAAGACGCACAGCCCGCUCAAGCCGUACAGCUGCGAGGAGUGUGGCAAGAGCUACCGCCUUAUCAGCCUGCUGAACCUGCACAAGAAGCGCCACACGGGGGAGGCCAGGUACCGCUGUGAGGACUGCGGGAAGCUCUUCACCACCUCAGGCAACCUGAAGCGCCACCAGCUGGUACACAGCGGGGAGAAGCCCUACCAGUGCGACUACUGUGGCCGUUCCUUCUCCGACCCCACCUCCAAAAUGCGGCACCUUGAAACACACGACACUGACAAAGAGCACCAGUGCCCUCACUGCGAGAAGAUGUUCAACCAGGUGGGAAACCUCAAGGCCCACUUGAAGAUCCACAUUGCCGACGGGCCCCUGAAAUGCCGUGAAUGUGGGAAGCAGUUCACUACCUCAGGUAACUUGAAGCGCCACCUGCGCAUCCACAGCGGGGAGAAGCCGUACAUCUGCGUGCACUGCCAGCGCCAGUUUGCUGACCCAGGAGCUCUCCAGCGCCACGUCCGCAUCCACACAGGUGAGAAGCCUUGCCAGUGCAUGAUCUGCGGAAAGGCCUUUACCCAGGCCAGUUCUCUAAUAGCUCACGUGCGCCAGCACACCGGGGAAAAGCCCUACGUCUGCGAACGCUGCGGCAAAAGAUUUGUCCAGUCCAGCCAGCUGGCCAACCACAUCCGCCACCACGACAACAUUCGCCCUCACAAGUGCAGUGUCUGCAGCAAAGCUUUCGUCAACGUGGGCGAUCUGUCCAAGCACAUCAUCAUCCACACAGGUGAAAAGCCGUUCCUGUGCGACAAGUGUGGCCGGGGCUUCAACCGGGUGGAUAACCUCCGUUCCCACGUCAAGACGGUUCACCAAGGCAAAGCAGGGAUGAAGCUCCUGGAGCCCAGUGAAGGCGAGGAGCUCAACAUUGUCACCGUGGCCUCGGAUGAGAUGGUGACCCUGGCCACGGAAGCCCUGGCCGCCACGGCGGUCACUCAGCUCACUGUCGUCCCUGUAGCAGCUCCGGUCACAGCCGACGAGACGGAAGCGCUGAAGGCAGAGAUCACCAAGGCCGUGAAACAAGUCCAAGAGGCAGACCCCAACACCCAAAUCCUCUACGCCUGCGAUUCCUGCGGAGAGAAGUUCCUAGAUGCCAACAGCCUGGCUCAGCACGUGCGCAUUCACACAGCCCAAGCCCUGGUCAUGUUCCAGGCAGACACAGACUUUUACCAACAGUACAGCACUACCACCGCCUGGCACGGCGAGCAGGUCAUCCCAUCCGGGGAGCUCCUCUUCCGGGCACGGGAUGGGAGCGAUGCAUCGCCAGCCUUGCCAGAGACACCGCAGGCUGGAGAGUGACGGGAGAUGCUGCUCAGCCUCAAGACUGAUGCCAAAAGCAGAACUCCUGCGUCAGCUUGGGGAGCACCCCUUGUCCCCUGCAAAAGGACUGGAAAGGCUCUGCUCCAACCAGCCGCAGCCUCCCCCCCUCUGAACUUUCUGGCAUCGCUCACAGACCGCUAUUUAAAGCCACGAGUGCUACAUAAGACUGAUGUAAAAAAAAAUAUUUCUGUAUUGGAGAGACUACAUCUGCAUUAAUACUGAGAAGAAAUAAAGGCUGUUAUUUUCUAUGUUCAGAAUUA